CAUGCACAUAUUUGCAGCGCGUUCACGAGAAAGAGAGCUGACCAACUUCCAGAGCAGCAGCAGAGUUGAAGUUUAAAAAGGAAAAUUCUGAUUUCGGAAACACUCAGGAAACUCUCCAAACAGAAAACUGACACAGUCCACACCCAGGCAGCCACCAUGGACGAUUUAGACGCGUUGCUGGCGGACCUGGAAUCUACUACGUCCCACAUCUCAAAACGGCCAGUGUUCUUACCUGAGGAGACCCCCUACUCCAUUCCUACGGGAGGACACCCCUACCAAGAUGUGUCGGUUCCACCGCCAGUCCCUCCUUCUCCCCCACCUCCAGUCCCUCCUCCUCCCUCAGCCGAAGCUCUGAACGGGUCCCUGACAGAUCAACCAGACUCCCACCACUCCUCUCAGCAAUCGUUAGGUUCAGCCCAGAAGAGCUCUUGGUCCAGGGACAGCAGCAGUUCUCCAUUGUCUCACAUUGAAGAGGACCACGUCUACAGUUUUCCAAACAAACAGAAGACGUCAGACUCAUCAACAGCCAUGUCUUCUGCGCUGGGCAGUAACCUCUCAGAGCUCGACAGACUUCUGCUGGAACUCAAUGCAGUGCAACAGAGCUCACCUUCAUUCCCCACUACAGAGGAGGCAGCUCCACCCUUACCAUCCAGCAGCAUUACUCACUAUGAGAACGGCAGCGGCCCUGACAUCUUGGUCAGCCCGCCGCCUCAGGAAAAACCCAAGAAGAAUGGGACAAGGUUGGAGGAAGGCCGACCCACUGUGAAGAGUAUGUUGGACGAGCUCGAGUGCUCGGUGCCUUCACCCAGCCCUUCUCUUCAACACGGUGAUUUGGACACAUCAUCUCAGCAGCAAGCCAGAAUUUCAGCUUCCUGUGCCACAAGAGAGCUAGAUGAGCUGAUGGCCUCUUUGUCUGACUUCAAGCCCAGUUCUUUGGGCUCUCUGCUGGACCCAGCAGGAACAUUUUCCAGCUCUCAUCAUCCUCCAGUCACUUCCUCCGUGCCUUCUCCUUCUCUUAGUCUGUCCCAGCCGUCUGCCUGUGCCUCUCCUCUUUUCUCUUUACCUGCUGGUUUCGAGCUACACAUAGAUGAGGAUGGAGGAGACGGCGGCAUAUUGAGGCCCCAUUCAAGCCGUCUGCUUCCUCACAGUCCUACAUCCUCACUUUCUGCAGCCAGUGACCUAGACCUAGACUCUGUCAUAGAUGUCUCUGCCACCAUGCUGUCAUCACAGACCAAGAAUCUGCUAGUCCUGUCUCAGUCCGCUUCCUCUAACUUCAACCUGAUGAGAAAUGGCUCAAGUCCUUCAGAUACCACCUCCCCCUCACUUACUUCUGUUAACACUGUCCUGGACCACAAGUCCUCUAAGUCCCCUAGUCCAUCUGUAGACCGGGCCUCACCCUCAGCUACUGUUGGUAAAUUCCCUGCUUGUUUUCCUGACCUUGAUUUCUCUACUACACCUCCGUCCAAAAACUUCACCCCUCCUCUCUCCGUUCCUUCACCACACCCUGUCACUGUCUCUGUAUCUCCAACUUCUGCUCAUAUAUCCUCAACAUCUUCACCAUCUCCUGUCUCUCCACCAAUGGACCCCUCUGGACUGGCCUUUGCUAGCACCAGCAGACUGUUGGAGACUGCACCAGCAGCCCAGAGAGUCAGCCCCCUCUCUAUACAGCAACCCCCCGUAGUAGAACCUUCUCUGGACGAGGCUCUAGACAAGCUGCUAGCAAUGAGUUUUCCACAAAAUCAUGCAACAUCAUAUCUAGACGAUCAACAGGUGAAGACGGAGGCGCAGUGUCUCGGCAGAGGAAUGCAGGAGGUGCAGGAGGACUUUAUUCUGCCCCUAGACAGGAACAGUGUGCUGCCGGACACUUUCACCAGCGCCACCAACACCAUCACAGACGGCUCAGUAGACGGAGGCACCGAUGGGAACGGAGACCUGGACUGGGCUGACGAGGAACUGUCAAUGUCCUUUCAUGAUGGACUGGAUGGCACCAUGACGCCAUACACUGAGAGGUUGUACACAGAUGGCAGCAUGACCCCACUGACAGAGGCCAGCUGGAUGGAUGAGUCCAUGACCCCGUCCUCAUGCCCCGGGACCCCUGAUGUUGCCCUGGACCUGCCCCUGAUUCAGAGUCCCAAUAUAGACAGAGUCUCUGCUUCUGGACAUAUAAAGUCAGUGAUUAGGCGCACAAAGGAGACUCCCAAUGUUCACCCCAUGUACCGAGACGGUCAUCUGCGCAGGAAGAUGGGACCCGUCAUUGUUAACAAGAACACUUCUCAGGACCGUCUCAUAGAGGAGCUGCAGGGUAAGCUUGGGAUUGGCCGCUCAGAGCGGCGGCGUAAACAGUCUGACGAAUGGCUGACUGACGGUGUCAUCAUCACGUCCAAACCUCAGCGUUUCCGUCCUGAUUGGGGCAGCAGUGAGGUCGACAAGAUCAUAAUCCCCCCUGAGUCUCCUGUCCCUGUGAGGAAGGUGCUCUCACCCGUCUCCCCCCCUACCCCUCGUCGACCCCCUGUUACAGAAGAACCUAAACAGCCGCUCAUCCCAGUGCAGCUACCCCCUGUCCCAAUACCCCCACCUCCUCCUCCGCCUCCCUCUCCCCCACCACAGCCUUCCCAUAUUCAGGAACCAAUACCUGUUGCACCUAUGCAUAUAAUAAAACCCUCACCUCCACCAGCCCCAAUUCAGGAGCCUCCUGCCCCCAAACCAGAGCCCCCUCCCCCUGUCCUUAAUACCCCAACACGACCUCCACCGCCAGUGGAGACAGUUCCACUAGUUCCACCCAAAGUCCUGGUUUCUGUAGGCUGCCAAACAGAGUAUGACCCCAUCUUCUCCCCAAUGCAGAUUAUGGCUCAAGGAAAAGGUGGAGUUCCUGGUGGGCCUCCAACACAGGUCAACAAGCUGGACAACAUGCUCGGUAGCCUGAAGUCUGACCUCAACAAACUUGGGGUGCAGACGGUACCUAAGGGAAUGUGUGGUGCCUGCUGUAAGCCGAUUGUUGGACAGGUGGUGACAGCCAUGGGACGCACGUGGCACCCUGAACACUUUGUGUGCACUCACUGUCAAGAGGAGAUCGGUUCCAGGAACUUUUUUGAGCGUGAUGGUCAGCCCUACUGUGAGAAAGAUUACCAUCAUCUGUUUUCCCCACGAUGCUACUACUGCAACGGGCCCAUACUGGAUAAAGUUGUGACGGCGCUGGAUAGGACAUGGCAUCCUGAGCACUUCUUCUGCGCUCAGUGCGGAUCCUUCUUUGGGACAGAAGGGUUUCACGAAAAGGAUGGAAAAGCCUACUGCAGGAAGGAUUACUUUGACAUGUUUGCACCGAAAUGUGGAGGCUGUACUCGAGCGAUUCUUGAGAAUUACAUCUCAGCUCUGAACAGUCUGUGGCAUCCAGAGUGUUUUGUUUGCAGGGAGUGCUUCACCCCUUUUGUUAAUGGGAGUUUCUUUGAGCACAAUGGGCAGCCCUUCUGUGAAGUGCACUACCACGAGCGCCGCGGCUCCCUCUGCGCCGGCUGUCAGAAGCCCAUCACGGGACGCUGCAUCACCGCCAUGUCCAAGAAAUUCCACCCGGAGCACUUUGUCUGCGCCUUCUGCCUGAAACAGCUCAACAAAGGCACCUUUAAAGAACAAAACGAUAAACCUUACUGCCAGGGCUGCUUCAUCAAGCUCUUCAGUUAGAGAGCGUCACCUUUGGGUCAGGGCUUCGAUUAGGGUCUAAAGCCUUUUAGUGCAGGUAGAGUAAGAAUGGAUUUUGUUUGUUCAAAGGAAGUUUUUUUUCUGAUGAUGAUGUUGGAAGUAUUUGUGGGUUGGGUAUGUGCAUGUGGUUGAAACAGCACACUGACUCUUCUAGACUUUUUCCUGUCUUUCAGAAAUGUGCAGAAACCUUUUUAGACUGACAGCAGUUUAUUUUUGAAGAUUUUGUGGGUGUUGAGCUGAUCAGUAAAUGCAGACAUAUUUGCAAUUCACAGUUCUAAACAUGGGAAUAUUUGUUUCAAAUUAACCCUGAUGCAGAGAAGAUGUAACUUUUUACAAAGGCAAAAAAACAAACAAAAAAAAAAUGGUCAAUCUUUUGUGUAACUGUUGAUUGUUGAUUGUGUUUUCAUAUCUUUUUAGAGGGUGGUGAAUUAUUACUGCACACAUUGAAAUUCAUAAAAUCCUCUUACUCACUGGUUGAGUGCGCCAUUUUAAAAAAUCAUUUAACAGUGGACGAUGGCUUUAAAAUAUAUACAGUUGAACAGAACUCAUGGGGAUAACAUGGACAGACCCAUGUCUGUAAAAGAGUCUGCAUUCACAAUCAUUUACUUUGUGUGAAAUGAAUCUUUAGAAUCAAAAACGCUCGUAGCUUUUACAAGUGAAUCAAAAUCUGAAUCUCAACGCAAAUCAUGCGUGGAUUUAUAUGUUCCAGUUAUUGUGAAUGGAAAAGAAUUCACUGUCUAAUCAUCCACCACUUUUACAUUUUUGUGCUGCCAACGCAUUCCUUGUCUUUUCACUGAAGAAAAGAGAAAAACAAUCUGAAAACAGUCGUCUCGUACAGUGAAGUGAAACUGCACAAAGACAUUGGGAGUAUAUUUUAUGUCUCUUACACUACCAUUACUGAGUUUUAUUUCUUUGUAAAUAUCCAUUGCAGCUACAUUGUGAGGACGGCAUGCUUAGGAUGUUUAAUAACCACUUAUUCAAAGAAGGAGAAGACUGCUGGGACGGCAUAGCAAAGAUAUUUUUGCUGUCAUUACUGUAUUGAGAAGCUGAUGAAUGUUUAUUACUUUUGAAAGAAGUACACGAAAUCUGCCUGUGAUAUCUCAAUAACUACGCAACUGUGGAUUAACAACUUUGUAUUUCACACGUGUUGCUUGGCUGCCUGUGCCCUUGUGUCAGUAUCAUGUCUAAUAACACUGGCAAAUUCAGCAAAUUACUGGUAGCAGCUCGAUAGUCCAAGAGAGGCUGGCGGUCUGCUAGAAUAGGUCGUAGGUUUUAGAUGACUAGGUUCCCCUCAGCAUCUGAUAAGCAUCUACUGUAUGAGCACCAGGUGGGGGGGCUGUACACGGUCGUUCACCAAGAGCAGCAGAUAUAUUUGGCCUUUUUUUUUUUUUUCUUGUUCAGGGAAUACCAGAGCCUUAAAUCAUUUCCUCACUCUAUUUAAGAUACCAUGUAACAGUUGUCUUUUCAAAUCAGUUUAGUAGAGUGUUAUUUAACCAAAGCCAUGCCUUCUUUGAAUUGUUGUGUCUGUUCACUAUUGUUUUUGUUUUGUUUUUUCUUUUCACUUUGAAUGUCAAUAGAUAUGAAUAGUGAAACUCCUCAAUUCUAGUCUGAUUACACAAAUAAAUUCUGUUUUGGUAUCAAAAAGUAA